AUGCCGUCCAUUCUCAAUGAUGCCGACAAAGAGACUGUCAAGCGAAUUGUUCCCAAACCCGCAAAUAAGAUCCUCGCAGUAGCUGUUGCGCGACUAUAUGUGGCCUAUCCGGAUCCCCAGCGAUGGACUUAUACUGGUCUACAGGGGGCGGCGGUGCUGGCAAAUGACUUGGUCGGGCGCACCUUUUGGUUGAAGUUGGUAGAUGUAUCGCCCGCUGGAAGAGGUGUCAUCUGGGACCAAGAAAUCUACGAUAAUUUCCAGUACAACCAAGACCGUUCAUUCUUCCACACCUUUGAGCUGGAGGACUGCGCCGCUGGUUUCUCCUUUGUCGACGAAAAAGAGGCCAGAACGUUUAUCAAAAAAGUAUGGGAACGGGAGAAGAGUGCAAGUAAAGAAACCCGACAGACCCCCUUUGCGUCGACAAGAGGCCAAGGUCCUGCUCCGGUUACAAAUGGGAAGUCUGGCGUGGGACGGUCGCUCUUUGGCAGCUUGCUAGGCCAUCGGUCGAGCUCCGGGUCCAAUCCACCUCCGAUCCCUGCUGAGCUUCCCCCUGCACCUUCGAUUCAGGUUGCUCCGCCUCCCUCGAGCAGCCCGCCACGCAAGUCACUACCGUUCGACACCAGUGAUCCGUCACAAAAGGGUCUUUUGGAGGAGCUUCUACAGAUGGGAAUCACGGAAGACCAAAUUGCAGAGAAUUCGGAUUUUAUCAAGGCAUAUAUCGAACAGAAGCAAGGCAAUGGAGCCGAACCGUCGUCGUCUGGCGAUGACCAGCGAAAGGGGAAGGCUCCUCCACCACCGCCCCCCUCUGCUCCCCCUCCCCCCAAGACGACAGCCAUUAGUCCACAGAAUACGGGCAAUAGCACAGGCAGUCGACGAGGGGCCCCGCCGCCUCCCCCGCCCUCGCGAAGAGCGCGUCCUGACGCAGAGGAAGAAUCCCCUGCAGCGAACCGCGAACCAUCGCCGCCGAGACCCAAGUUUCGUGCGCCACCUCCGAUUGCCGAUGCAGGUAAAUUCGCCCAUAUGGUUGCUCCCUCUGUUCCCAAUCGCCAACGAGCAAUGUCCGGGUCAAACCCGGGCCCUCCUCCACCUCCUCGACCACCGAAGACGCCCAUGGACGACCAACCGGGUCGGUUUGGCGUGCCCCCGCCAUUUACAGGGGAACGGAAAGUGUCUGCACCACCAGCACCCCCAAGCCGGAAAACUCCCAUGCCCUCCGUUCCUCCGCCACCUCCACGGAGCCCUGCAUCACCACCACAGCUUCCCCCAAAGGUCCCUCAUGCCCAGCCCUCCGCGCCAGCUCCUCCACCUCCGCCCCCGAGAAGCCCAGCGUCACAACCACCUCCUGUACCGGCUACCUCCCGUCCUGUUCCGCCUCCACCAUCGUCCAGUACAGGUCCUCCCGCUCCCCCGCCGCCGCCUGCUCCAGCACCAGCCAGCUCAGCUCGACAGCCCCCUCCACCACCUACAACUACCAGCCCUCCCCCGCGGCCACCUGGAGCAGGGGCUCCUCCUCGAUCUGCAGCUCCUCCACCACCUCCACCUCCACCUCCACCUCCACCUCCUGGCGCUGGAGCCCCUCCUCCCCCCCCUUCCCCUCCUGGAUCUGGAGCUCCUCCCCCUCCUCCCCCCCCUCCUGGCGCUGGCGCACCUCCACCUCCACCGCCUCCUCCUGGAGCCGGAGCACCCCCUCCCCCACCUCCUGGCGGAGCUGCACCGCCUUUGCCAAAGCCUAGUGGCGGAAGAGAUGAUCUUUUGUCUGCCAUUAGAGCAUCCGGAGGCAAACAAGGCGGAGGCUUGCGGAAGGUCAAGGAUUCGGAGAAGAACGAUCGGAGUGCGGCCAUAGUUCCGGGCGGCGGCCACGAAUCUUCCAGUGCGGCUCCCCGCAACGGAGGCGCUCCUCAAGGAGGAUUAGCUGGAGCUCUACAAGAAGCGUUGAACAAGAGAAAGGGAAAAGUUAGAGGGAGUGAUGACGAAAAAGAAGACGACGAUGAUUGGUGA